CGUUCCAAAAGGUAUACGUAUACACAGUUGUGUUUGAGCGAUAUCAGAUGACAUUUGACGGUGGUUGUGCACGAUUGGCUGACGGAAUUUGUUAAAAAGCAACGAGAAGAUACGAAAAUCGCGCAUACGGGAACUUUCCUUGGGAAUUAAGGAGUAGGCUUCUCUCGAUCGACAGGGGAAACGGUCGACGUCGUCAACUCCAUCCUCGGUUAAACGACAACGAGGCGACAAGGAUUGUCAAUCGCUGUUGCAUACUACGUCAACAGCUGACCUCCGGUCUGGCUGACACACCGAGAGAAUGGCAGACGCCGCCGUUAAUCUUGUAAUAAAAGCACCGAAUCAGCAGAUCAAAGACCAAGUCGUCAAAUGCGAUCUUGGCUGGACCAUCGGCCGUUUGAAGGAAUACUUGUCCGAGGUCUAUCCCAGCAAGCCAGAAAGUUCACAUCAAAAGUUGAUCUACUCUGGUCAAUUAUUGAAUGAUUCGGCACAAUUGAAAGAUGUUCUGAGACAGUGCGAUGGUUCAGAGGAUCAAGCUUAUACCGUUCAUCUAGUCUAUACACCACAGAAAGUAUCCAUUGCUAAAGUUACAUCAGAUCAAAAUCGGACUAUUGAGAAAAAUGUAGAAACUGCGUCUGCAACAAGAAACAUUCAUAUCAGAAAUAACAAUGUCCAGAACCAAAAUCAUGAGAAUGCUAAUAUUGCUGCUUCUCAGCAUCAAUAUUUACCUCAACAGUAUCUUGAUCCUCGAAAUAGUCAGCAAUUAGCUUGGAUGCAACAGGCAUAUACUCAUUAUUUUACACAAUAUAUGCAACUGAUGGCAGCGCAAGGCAUACAGUUACAAGCCAGUAUUCCAUAUCUGCAGCAAAUGAAUAUUAAUACGAGUGAUACAGCUCAACAUACAUAUACGAGCAACAAUAACAAUAAUGUUGGUGACGAACAACCCCAACCAGCAGCACAAGAUGCAGCUGAUAUCAAUGCAGGAAAUAACGGUGCGGGUGAGGAUGCUGCAUUUAAUCGUGAUUGGUUGGACUUCUUUUACAUGUUGUCUAGGAUCAUCGUUCUAUUUGGUAUAGUGUAUUUCUAUUCGUCUCCUCUGAGGUUUCUCAUCGUCACAUUUUUGGGAUUUGCGAUAUAUCUAUAUCAAGGUGGUUUCUUCAGAGUACAACCUAUCUUAUUGGCUGAAAAUAAUAAUGGUCGCGCAGAUAACAAUAAUCAAGUAUUGCAGAAUGAAGUAGCAGGUCCUCAGGCUGUGCCACAGCAACAAAAUGCUCAAGUGCCAACAGUACAACCGGAAGCCCAAACAAACGCCAAUGAGGAGAAUGAGGAACAACGGCCAGGCGCUCUUGCCUUUACUUGGACCUUCUUCAGUUCAUUUUUUGCCUCGCUUAUUCCAGAUCAACCAAACGUUAUUUAAUCUUGUCUGGAUAUUCCAUCAUCAAAUUGACUUUCUUUUUCUUUACACUUGACAUAAAGACUGGAGAAGAUGAUUUUUUUGUCAUGAUAUACUAGAUUUUGAAAAUAUUUAACAAUUUAUAGAAUCAGAAGUGCUUGUACUCAUAAUUCAUUCGAUACAAUUCCUAUAAAAGUCUGAUCAGUUUUAUGAUACCCAAGAAUUUUUGUAUUUGAAUCUAAUAUAUAUAAAUGUUCACAUAUAUGUAUUAAUAAUCAACAUACGCUUAAAAUGGAUGACAAUUGGAAAUCCAAUUUCACUUGUAAAGAUUAUAUAUGUGUCAGUUUAAUUUAUUGAGAGACUCGCAUUCACGAAAUAAAACAGUCACGUUAGGUCUAUAGAUUAACGCUAACUUUCCUUCAAAAGAAGAUUGUUAGAGUUGCCAUCCCAAAGCUAUUAGAAUUAAAUGUAUAAACAAAUUUUUUAUGUUUGUAGAAUAUUAUAUAAAGGUAUGUACAACGAGAGAUAAAUAAUCAUGUAUAUAGCUAUAUAAAAAUAAGAAAUAUAAAUUUCGUGUAGAGCUUGUAUUGUAUAAAGCUAUAUAUAUAUAAAAUGAAUAACAGGCGCUUAAUAAUUUCUUAAAGAAUUCUUAUAUAGCAAUAAUAUUAUAUUAUGUGCAGAUGAUUUUACUGUGAUGUUUUAAUACGAUCAAAUAUAUCCCAUAUGAUAUCUAUGUA